ACUUCGUAAACCGUUGCCAAUGAAAACAAUUUAAAAACAUGUUCAAAUUUCUGUUACCGAUUACUAGAUAGUAAAUAUUUAACUAAUUUUAUGCUAUUUUUUCUGUGAUUAUGGCUAAUAAAAAGAGACAACUAAAAGACCCUAGAACUCUAAGGUUAUUUUUCUCCUCUCCAUUCGGGGGAAUGGAAGAAGAACGCGAGGAGCUGACCAGGAAGUACUUCCCACAGUUUCAACAUUUAUGUAAUACCCGCGGUAUUCAGUUCGUACCAGUGGAUAUGCGCUGGGGUAUUACAUCAGAGGCGGCUGAUAAUGCUCAAGUUAUCAACAUUUGUCUUAGAGAAAUUGACAGAUCUGAUGUUUUUAUUGGUUUCUUCGGUCAGGUAUUCCAAAUAUCCCUCAGUCCAUGACUGACAUGUUUUGAAUUUUUUUUUUAAAUUUAAACUAGCACUACUCACUACUAACAACAAACAUUAACAUUUAGCAGAAAAGUUAAACUACUUUAUUUAACCUUAAACAAAGUCGGUAAAAGUGGAGUUCAGGUGCGUAUAUUAUUUCUGUUUGAAUUUCGUAUUUUCGUGUGUAAACUUAUGUUAAUUCUUUAUAAAAAGUAUUUUAAAAGUAAAAAACUAAAAUACCAUCUUUUUAUUGGAAUACAACAACAAUUAAACAAAUUUUACGAGAUAAAAAAGUGCAUUUUCAUGAAUCUUUUGUCUUUUACGGAGCCAUUGUGGUAAAUCAAGAUUAACUCUUCUGUCUUUAAAGAUACGUUAUAAAAGUUGCCCAAUUGCAUGAAUCUUGGUUAAAAGAGUUGUUAUAUUUAUUUUAUAACUUAACUAUCAAAUAUAACCGGAGUUGCCCGGGAUUGCAUUCAGAAAAAAAAACAACAACAACAACUGCAACUUCCUUUUAAUUCACAUUGCUAUUAAGGGAAAUUUCAACAAUAAAACAACGCCACUAUAUUAAAAAAAAAUAAUAAUAAUUAAUUUGUCUCCUAUAAAAACACUUAAAAUAACUUAUGUAAAUCUUUCGUUUUUCCCAUUUGCCGAUGGCAUCCCGAUUCCGGUAAAAUUCUGGUCAUGGCGGUAUCCCGAUCCCGGUAGAAUCCCUGCCAUGGUGGGAUCCCAAUCCCGGCAAGAUCACGAUCCCGUGAGAUCCCGUUUUUGGUGGUAUCCUAAUCCAAAUUAGAUCCCAAUCCGGUGAGAUCCCGAUCCCAGUAGGAUCUCGAGCUCGGUGAGAUCCCGAUCCCGGUGGGAUACCGAUUCCGGUGGGAUCCCAUAUUUGGUGAGAUCCUGACAGGAUCUCGAGCUCGGGGAGACCGAUCCUGGUGGGAUCCCGUUUCCAGUGAGUUUCCAAUCCCGAUAGGAUCUUGAUCCCAGUGAGAUCCUGAUCCAGUGGGUUCCCGAUCCUGGUGGGAUACCGGUUCUGGUGAGAUCCCGUUUCAGGUGAGAUCCAGAUCCCGGUAGUUAUAGGGAACUCUCAUACUUGACAUAGGUAGCUAGUUUACAAGCCACGAGAAAUUCCACAGUUGUAUUAGCCUUAUUUGUUGCCUCACAAAGUUCGCGUAUAAACCAAAUGCUGCACAAUUUAAAAUUUACGUUGGAUCAGCAAUGUCAAUUUAUUGUCUCUUGGUCGUCCUGCCAUUCUGAACAAAAUGAUCCCACUACCAGCAAUACUGCUAAAAGAGUCCGUCUCAUUCUAUAUAAUCACUAGCCCUCACCCUCAUUUAACUCAGCGCAAAUCAAUCACCAUUAAUAAGCGCAUUUGCAUAAGAAAAAAGGGGAGGGGUGCUCAAAUUAGAGCUGACCAAUCACGGACAAUGUAUUUGGAGCCAUCAGUAUGAGAUGACUUUCAAUAAAUGAUUCGAUUUCCCCCAUUCCUGCAACGUCACAAAUAUUUUUUUUUAAAUGGACACGUGAUCACACAUUGCACAUUGGCACAUAUUUGUGGAACACACACCCCCCCUCCCUAUUUUCAGCUUCACUCCAGGACAAUGAUGACGUGUGUGUCCGCUGCCCUGUGUCCGCUGCCUUAGUCGGUGAUCCACUUCUCCCCCCCAAGACUUCAAGGGACUACUUGUUCGCUCUGAGAGGAAAAAAAAGAAAGUGGGGGCGUGGAAGGGGGGCGCAAUGAAAAAUCUAAAUUUCAUUCUUUUUUGUGAACAUGCCUACAGUUUGAAAAUUUCGUUUAGCAUACUAACUUAUAGGUGGUUAAAAAUCUGGCCAUAGGCCGGAAAAAAAACAAAAAACAAACAAACAAAUGGGGCUAUGUAACUUUGGUUGGGGGAUGUUUAAAGACUCUUUAGAAAUCAAAUAAAAAGAAAAAAUGCGAUUUAAAAUUCAUUAUUAGUUAACUAUAACGGCCUGUAUUUAAUUAAUAAAGAAUACACGUAAGUUUACAUGAUAAAAUACGAAAUGCGUUAAGAAAUAAUAUACGCACCUGAACUCCACUUUUACCACAUUGUCAACAGAGGGCUUUAAUUGUUUGUUAAAAUUCAUUAACCAGUAUUAUCUCCCGGGAAAAUAUAUACAUUUUUUAAGAAUCAUUAUUGCUCCAAAUAAAUGGAAAUUAAAUGUUUUUUUUAUUACAUUGUAAAUAUUCAUUUUCAGCACAUAAAUGAAUAUAUAUUUUUAACCAAGACAAAAUUUUACAAUUAUAAAAAUUUAAACUCAUCUUAAGUAUUUUUCUAGCGUAGACUCAAUAUCAGCCAUAAGAAAACCUCCAAUAUUGACAAUAAUGACUUAAGUAGCGGUCAUUUAGAUUUGGUAAUCACUUGGGGAGUGAGCUGGUAAAUUCAUACAGGGGGCUUUAAUUGUUUGUUCAAAUUCAUUAACCAGUAUUAUCUCCCUGGAAAAUAUAUACAGCUGCAUAGAUGGCUCAGCACCGGAAUAUCUCAAGGAACUGAUUUAUAAACAUGUAUCUGUGAAGAGCCUGCGGUCUUCAACACAAUACUUGCUGAGUGUUCCUAAUGUGGAUAAACACAGAAAAAGUCAUACAGAGUGGGCUCUUUUGAAGCGAUAGCGCCAAAAUUAUGGAACAGUUUGUCUCAAUCUUUGAGGGGAAUUAUAAAUAAUAAAAAAAUCAUUUAAGAAACAAUUAAAACUUUUUUGUUUCAAUAGAUUUCGGAGGAUCAGAGCGUAGUGAGCACGCUAAAAUGGCAUGGAUACCAGCGCGCUUUAAAUAUCAAAUAAAAAAUCAAUCAAUCAAUACAGACCGGGCUAUCUGUGAUGAAGAGGGUGGGAUGUAGACCUACCAUUCAAAUUUUAUUUAGUAUUACAACAGAAUUUUUCUUCAAAUAUUCCUAUUCAAACUAAUUUUUUACACAUUGCCAUUCACCGAAAUUUUUGUUUUAGUUUUAAUAAAGUGCUAUUUAAUUGUAAAUUAGUUAUUUUUUAAUUUGUGAUUCAGCGUUAUGGGUGGCAUGGGGAGUCUGAUGAACUCUUACAAAGAAACUUUGACAAUGCAGUUGGUCGCUACCCCUGGUUAGCUGAUGUUCGAGGAAAAAGUGUAACAGAGUUGGAAUUUCUACAUGGUCAUCUUAAUCACCCUGGAGAGUUGCCAUCUUCUAUAAGCUUUAGAGAUAAGGUAAUAAGUAGGUCUAAAUAUAAUUUUUAGUAUCGGUACAAUAUUUCUAUUGUUUUUAUAUCAUUAUUUAAUUGCAUACAUUAGUUAAUAAUUGUCAAUGCAUUGGCAUGGAAGUUAUUUUUGCAAAAAAUAAAUAUUUAUCAUCAUCAUCACGUCCCUUAGUCCAAUGGACCCUUGGGGUGCCACAGAUGACAUGAAAACUAUCCAAUCCAUUAUACAUACAUUAAAUAGUAUUAUGUAUAUUAUAUUAUCCCCAAAGUUGUUAUGUUUGUAUAUUGAAAGUAGUUUAACAUGUUUUAUGCAGGAGUAUGAUGAUUACAUGAAGAGGAAAUCUGAAGCUGCGGGUGAUUUGAAAAGUGUGUUUAAGUAUUCAGCAGAAAGUGAGCUUUCAAGUUCAUUAAUGAGAGAACUGAUGGGAAGAGUCAAAGAAACAGAGUUUCAUGUAGGAUGUGUUUGUAUUUAAGACAGUGCAUCAAUUUAAUACUUAUAGCUCAUUUAAAAUAGAGUGCAACAUGAUAGGGUCUGAAGGGGUUUAUCAAUAAUAAAAUCCCAUACAUUAUUUAAAGUUCCUUACAAAAUUUCUUUAUGGGUAAUAUUUUUUUGCCUUCUAGGUAAUAUUUUAAUAAACUUUAUUUUAUUUGAAUUCUCAUUCUAUCUUUUUCUUGUUGUCUUUUUUUUUUAAUGUUCUGAUGAAGGUUAAAGCCAACAUGUUUUUUUGUUUUUACUGUCUUUUUUAAAAAAAGUAUUCAAAAUAAUGUGUGUUCUUUAUUUUUACUACUUACCAAUUAUGGGAAUACAUAGUUGUAUUUUUUUUUAGCUUUCCCUUGAUAUUUAAGAAGUGAGAAAAUAUAUUUAUAGUUGUACAAUAUAUCCAGAGUAUAACAACAAGCAAUACAAUUUAUGGGGAUACAUACUCAUUUCAUUGGUAGUUAACAGUUAGUAUCUAGAACUUGAGUACCAAUUUUUUAGAAUAUAAUUUUCAGUUUCAUAUUGAUUUAUCCAUCACUAUUUUUUUCUUUUACAGUGUCUUGGUGUUUUGUUUGAUUACAAAAAUCCAAAAAAGGUAAUUAUGGUAUUUAAACAAUUAUUUAUUGAAACAUAAUUGAUUAUUGUUUGAAUUCUUUUCAUUUUUUCAACAAAAAAAAUAUUUUUCAAUGAUUUGAAAUAACAGGGUGCAAAAUUCAUGUUUGAAAGUGUUUGGCAAUGCUGCAAAGAUCUCAUAGCUGCAAGUGAUAACACAGAUUUAAGCCCACUGGAACAAAGCAGAUUGUGCCAUAAUACUUUUAUGACAUUCAGGACAUCUCUCUACUAUGGAGAACAUAUCAACACAGAUGAACUGAAGCCUUUGAAAUUAAAAGGUAAAUAUUUUAAAGCUAGACUAAACUGCAUACAUUAAUUAAUAUAGAUUUUGUGUUAUUUCUACUUUAAAACUUAUGUAUUAUUAAUGAAGUUGAUUUUUAUUUUAACCAUUUAAAAAUAUUCCAUUUUAUGAUGAUUGGAGCUAUUAGAUCUAGGGAAAGUGAAUAAUUAAAAAGUUAUUUAGAUUUAAGAGAAACCUAGUUUGUUUCUCAUGGAGAAAAAAAUUAAUUUUCAAUUUUAUUGAUAUUGCUAAGGAAAAAAAUAAUUCUACCAUAUUUGUUUAAAAUUAAAUAGAUCAUCCCAAAGUUCUUGUCAAGGGGCCAGCAGGCUGUGGUAAAUCAGCCCUGUUAGCUAAUCUUAUCAAAACAUAUAAAGAAUCAAAAACAGAUACACAUUUAGUUUAUCACUUUGUGGGAUGUGCACAAGGAACAACAGGUACAUCAUCUAUAUAUAUAUAGAAACAAUUAAAAGUUUAUAUUUUUGAAAAAAAUAUCUCCUCAUUUAAUGAUUUAUGAAUCUAAAACUAAAAAUUUGGCAUUAAACAUUUGUAUUUAUAACUCUAAUUUGUUUUUUUUUAAAUAUUUUUUUAUCAGAAGAGGCUAAUAACAUAAAAAAGGAACCUUUUGAAAACAAAUUAUUGGUAAUUGUUUACAAAAAUUUUUUUUUUUUUAAUUGGCUUUUAAAUUUAAUUAAAAAUGCCCACAAAAACAAUUUUAAGUUGAAAAUUAAACUUUUUAAAUGUGACUUUAAAACUUUGCUUUUCUAAAUAUAAUAAAAUUCCAUUUUUAUAUUUUACACAGAACCAAAAAAUAUUUUGAAACGCAUACUGUCUGAACUGCAAUAUAUAAAUGGGUCUCAGUCCAAAGAAAAUGAUGUUGACAAUGAAGAUGCAACAGUUGGCAAUAAAUUGAGUAGCAAUGACUUCCAUGACAUUUAUCUAAGUGUUAAAAAUGAGAUGGAGCAUGCUUCCUCAGAUGGCAAAAAUGUUCUUAUCAUAAUUGAUGGUUUAGAAAAGGUUAAAUCUUCAGUAAAAACAGCAAAGGUUAUUAUUAAAUUUUAAUAAUCUUUUAAAAUUUGAGUCUUCAUGUCUAAAUAUUUCAGGUUUAUUAAAUAUUAGAAAUAAAAUAAUGACUUAAAAAGCUGUUUGCUUUGUUAUUUAAAGUGAGUGGAUCUUUAUUUGUGUAUAAUUUCUAAUCUUAAGUUAAGAGUUUUUGAAAAUAUUAAUUUUGAUAUGGAUAAGAUAUAGUUAUUACCAAUUAUAUGUUUUAUGAAACUUUAUAAGUGUUUUAAAAUAAUAAUUGAACAGCACCUGUACUGGUUGCCAGAGAGCUUUCCUGCUGGCAUCUCACUUAUUGUUUCCACAAAGGAAUCCGAUCUAAGCACUAUUGAUCUUCUAGUGACACAAAGACAAUUUUAUGUGCUUGAGAUUUAUCCAUUGCAGCAAGAAGUUAUUGAGACCAUUUGUAAGGUAUGGCAGUCAUCAAUCAUUUUAAGCACUUAUCAUACACUUCUCAAGUUAGUUUAAGCCUAAUUCAAAAAUUUUUUAUAAAAAAUGUCUACAACUUUCAUAGUGUUUCUAGUGGCUUUUAAAAUUGGCCUGAUGUAAGAGUGCAGAUUCUGCUAAUGAUUUUGAUAUGCUUUGAAUAACUUUAAUUCCAGACUGAUUCCACUAUCAAAAAGUUGGCGCAGUGAUGAUUUAAUUUUACAUAACUAAAGAAAUUAUUAUAGCUGUGUUAUUUUUGUGUGAACUUAAUAAAAUAUUUAAUAAGAACAAAGACAGUUAUUUACAGCUUUUGAACAUCUUUUAUUACAGUGACAAGUAUUUUAACAUGUGUCAUUAAUAAUUCUGUUGGGGACAAUUUACUUUUUCUAAUUUUAGGAAACACUUAUGAUAAAUGGUAAAGAAUUAUCUCCCCAUCAACUUCAGAGGAUAGUUGAGGCAGAGCAGACUCGCAAUCCACUGUUCCUUAAAAUUGUUUUAUCGGUAAGUUAAUUUAACAGUUAAAGCAGAUAACAUUGUUGAAAGUUUUUGAGUGAACCAAUGAGAUUUCAAAUUGAAAAUUUAAUUUUUAGGAAUUUUUAAUAACUUUUUUAUAAAUAUAAGUAUAAGAUAAAUUGAACUGUCAUUUGAAUUUAAAUGGUUCUAAAAUAAAAUUUCUAUCACAAAUGAGUACCUAUCCAUGAUGUUUAAAAUCCCUGAGAAAUGAUUUUGCUUUGGCUUUUAAUGUUAUUGUGUUGUAUAUGACAUAGUCUGGUAGCCAGGUACCAAUGGGGGUUCAUUCAGUUUUUAUUAGUUAGGGCUGUAUUGAGCUUGACCCUGAGACUCUCUUUAGUAUGAUAUUACUUAUAUUUAUCUUUAAAUGUUAAUUUUACUUUUAGACCAUCCAUUAGUUAUUAUUCUUGUAAUCCAAACAGGAAAUCUCAAUCUAUGGUUACUUCAGAAUGCUGGAUAAGAAAAUUGAUUCCCUUAUAUACUCUGAUGGGUAGGCAAUUUGACAACAUAUUUAAAAUAUCUACAUGACAAGUCUAGAGUCUGAGCUACAAAAUAUACUUUUAUGAUGAAAUCUCUCACAUUUUUAUUUUUUACAAGAUAAUAAUUUAGUAGACAUAUAUAGCUUAUAGAUGUUGAUUCAUAUAUAUUAGUAAAACUUCAUGAUCUCAGAAUCAUAAAAAAAAAAGGUUCUUGAAAUGUAUUCUGACCUGUGUGUUUUUGCAUUUUAUUAUUUCAGAGUAAAAGACUUAUUGUCAAAAGUUUUACAGAGGUUUGAAGAAGAUUACAAUGGCAAAGAUAGUCCAAAUCUGGUUGCAAAGGUGGAAAAUUAUUGGAUAUAUUUAUCUAUUAGAUAUUUAUGUGCCUCAGUUUAAUAUCUAGUUAUGAUUAAAGAUUUAUAUUAAUUUUUACUUAUUUUAAGAAGUUGUAAAACUGAUUUUUUAUAAUACAAAUACAUUAUUGUAAUUUAAUUGGGCUGUUCUUUAGAACCACAAAUGCUAUAUAUGGAGAUAAAUUUAUAUCUCGUUACGCAAGACACACAAUAUGGAAAAAAAGCAUUUUAUUUCUUAGGUUUUUUUUUCCUUUUGAUAAUAAGUGAUAAGCUUAAGUCCAUGUUAAUUAGUUAUUGUUCUCCUUACCGCACACUCUUGCACAUUUUCAUGGGGAUCAUUUGUAUACAACCGGUUGCCUUCUUUUAAUUCAGGUUUUGAGUGCACUUGCUGUUUCCCAUAGUGGCUUAUCAGAAACAGAGCUCAUUGAGAUAUUUGAUUUAAGCUCAAGUUGUUGGUCACCAUUCUAUUUUGCAAUGGAAAAUUUCUUUAUUAUUCAUGAAGGUCUUUUAAGGUAUGUAAAAAAAAAAUAAUUUUUAAAGUAAAAAUUUAAAAAACGGGGUCCAAGUAAUGGGGUGUCUGUAAGGAAAAUAAACCUAUUAAAAUUUAAUUCAACCAUUUCAAUAUUGAUAAUUUUCAUUACAUUUUGUGACAUGCACAUCAUAGACUACUUAAAAAUAGUUUUUAUGUAUCUAAUAUUUUUAAAUUUGGAAAAAGAAUUCCUUAUCAUAAAAUCCAAGUAGGAAUAUAUUAAUUUGGCCUAAUUGUCUUGGGAUUUGAAUUGUAUAGCUGAAUGUGUAUUUCUAAAUGAAACUCAAUAUUUGUUUAAUCCAACCCAUCAUGAUUUUUCUUAAAGGUUUGCAUUCUCAGCUCUACAACAAGCUGUAACAGAAAGAUAUCUGCAAACAGAAGAACAAUGGUAUUUUACUCUUUUGUUUAAAGACAUGAAACAUUGUUACUGUUAUCACAUAGAUUGUGUCAAAAACCUUUUAAAAAUUUAUGAUUUUUAUUUAUAUCAUGACAGCGACCAAAUCAUUUUAAUCUCCAUUACGAAGGUUUAUUAUACGUUAAAUAUAUGCUUAAUGCAAAAUUACAAUAUUUCUGAUAACUUUGUAAUCCAUCUACUAUAACCAUCAGUUUCAUAAUCUAACAUGAAUAGGAUUUACACAAUGAAUUAAAAAUAGAUUGGAAUGUACAGUUUAAUUUCACAUACUUUCCUUUUCUAGCUCUGACGUGAUUGAGAACUUGAUAAACUAUUUUGAAAAGAUUAGACAGGUAAUUAGAAACAAAUUAACGCAAUAAUAUUUAUCAACUUCAACUUCUCUUCUUAUGAUCCUAAUUUAUAAUUGUUGGUGGAAAUGUUCACAUUUUAACAUCAGUAUUUUUAGUUUUUUUUAAUAAGAUAUCAUUUGUUUGAAUUCUUAUUUCAUUUUAUUUUUCAAGAGCAUUAUCAUGACUCCUACCAACUUAUCCAGCAAGGCAAUAAGGCGAGUAGCAGAAGAACUUCCAUACUUGCAGAAAAAAAUUGAAGACAAGCAAGGCCUAGCUAUCACUUUAAGUGAUAUGGGAGUGUUUCAAAUAUUGCAAAAGUAAGAUUGCUUAAAUCAAAAGUGAACUGUUGUUAGUUUUCAAAAAGAAGUGUGUACUGAGUUGUGGCAUAGUCAAAACUUUCAUUGAUAAUUUCCUUGAUUUCACUAAAAAACAUUGAUAUAACAAUGUAAUAAUAUUGCAUUUUAAUUUUACACUUUAAUAUCAUUUAACUAUUAAAAAUAUUAAUAUACCAGAAUACAAUCUUUAGUAAUUUUAUGUGCAUGUAUAAAAUAUAAUCUUAGUUCUAAAACAUAACUACUUGAUAUGUAUUAAUUAAUAAACAUUCCCUAUUCAUAUCAUGGUGCUAUUCUCUCAUUAUUUAUAUCAUGGUGCUAUUCUCUCAUUAUUCAUAUCAUGCUACUAUUCUCUUAUUAUUUAUUUCAUGGUGCUAUUGUCUAAUUAUUCAUAUCAUGGUGCUAUUCUCUCAUUUUGAACUUGAAAAGUUGUUAAAGAUUUUGUGUAUGUUUAAAAUUGAUUUUUCCUAUCUUCCAAUAGAAAGAGUGUUUAUGAGCUCAUUGAUCUGUGGGGCACUACUGGUUACAACCAGGAAAAAAUCUACAACUCUCUGAUUUCUUCUUUUGAUUUGUCAGUGAAUCUACUCUACUUAUACCAAGAUCAAAAUAAUGUUACAGAAAUGGAACCACCUGGUUUUUUGGUAAGGCAAUUUCUUUAUUUUUAAAAAAAGUUUAAUGAGACACAACAAUAUAGUAACAAUGUAGGUUAAUCUUUAACCUUCCGGCAGGCGCGCUUUUUUUGCAGCAAGACUGAUCGCGCUGUAUCAAAUUGAUAUCACUAAUUAGUGACUGGUUAAAUAAGCUUAUUUUAUUUGAAUAUUGUGAAAUAAUUUAUUUUUUAAAUUAGAUAAUAAACUUACGAUAUAAAAUGGAAAAUUAAGUUUUAAAAAACACACACAUGUAUGAUUGAAAUUAACAUUUAUCUGUCAUGUAGUAAUAGGUACACAAUUCUGGAAAUAAAAUUGAAAUAAAGAUGGUACUUUGAUUAUAAAAGCAAAGACAUUACAUGGACAUCAAAUUAAGAUAAGAAAGAUAAGAUAAGAUAAGAUUCUUUUAUUGAUCCAAAUAAAGUUUAUAAAUUGAUUUUCUACUGCUUUAGGUUAGUUGAGACAGCACUUAUUCAUUGGAUCAUUUCUUUAAAACACUUUUCUGCUGACAAUAUUUUGAUAAUUUCUAAAAGGAAUAAUUUGGGCUUGAUGAUGCCAUUCAUGUUUAUCAUUCAAAAAUUUUGGUAAAUGGUGAAAAAUUCCUCCCUACACAAAUGGUAUAGCAUCUCUUUCUUGCUAAAAUUUUUUCACUUGAAGCUUUCAAUAUAUUGAUUUGUAUUGUACAUAACUGAACAGGCAGCUCCAGCAUUUAAGAGGAGUUUGUGCCAUUUUUGCAGGGCCUAUAAUUCAUGAAAUUUUUUGAAUUAAAUUGCUACUUCUCAAAUGUACUCUGUAUAUGGUUUAUUCUUAUUCCAUUAUUUUUCUCUGUCUUUUCCAAUAAAAAGUAUCAUUGUCAAUAGUAUCUUCUACAUCAUCAAUAUCAUCCUCAUAUUAUUCUGACUGCCAAUCAUUCUGAUGAAUUUCAACUGCAUCUUGGCUUUCUGUGUCAACCUCCUCAUCUUCAAAACCUUCUUCUACAUCUUCAUCUUCAAAAAGUAUUCUUUAUAAUUUCCUUUACAUCCUUGAGAUUUGUAAGAUCAAACAUGUUUGUACCACUCUCCAUUUAAUACCAUGGAAGUAACCUGAAAUAUAAUAAAGAUCAAUAUAAAUAUCUUGUUGAACGAUAUUUAGCAAUUUGAUAUUGACUAUUUAAAAACACACAUACAUUAGUUAAAAAUAAGAUAAUGCAUCAGUAUAUAUACAAAUAUAAACAAAAUAACCUACCAGAGCAAGUAAACAAUGCAAUAGUCAAAUUACAAAAAAGUAACAUGCAAAGGAGCGGCAUAUCAAUUGGAACAAAACAGACAAAAUCUGAACACUGAAACUGGAGGCGUUUUCUGCACUCUAAACAGUCUUGACCUGUAAGGGAAAGGAAAACAUUAAGCUACUCAUAAGCAGAGCUCGCUUUCAGAUUUCAUUAACAUGUGCAAUACAAAAAAGGUUAGCUUGUAUCAAUCUGAUCAGACACGCCCGCCAGAAGGUUAAUAAUUGAUGCACAGAAUACAAAUUCAAACGUUUCAGCAAAUGCCUUCAUGAGUACAACAAAAAAUUCAUAUAAAUAUAAAUUAAAUUUGGAUAAAAUAUAUAUUUAUACGCAUCCUACCUAAAAAUCAAAUAAACAGGUCCCCAAUGAAAACAAAGCUCAGAUGAGCAGACAGAAAGUGGGUGGAAGUAAAAUUUAAAAACUAAACAGGAAAAAGACAGUGCAGUUACUUUAAAGCUUUAUCUCUGUACAGCACUCUUAUAAAUAAUUAAUUUUUUUUAAACAAAAAAACUCUAGAAUAAUUGACUCUAAUAAAAGCCAUAGGUGCUAAUAGUUAUCUCCAGUUGACACAAUUUAGAUUUAUUUAUUAGUUAUAUUUUGUUAAGAACACUCACUGCACAGAGUAUUUUAUCUAACAGCUUUUGCCAUGCAUAAAUUCAAUGGCAGACAUGUUUGGAAUAGCCAAUUAUUACAGAGCACAUGUGAAAGUUUUACAACGGGCCAUCAAGAUUUUAGUAAGUUGUAUUUUGCCAAUUAUUUUACUAAAUUUCUCUUGUUUUGAUUAUUGUUUAAUAGACUAUCAAUAAAAACAUUGCAGUCUAUAUAAAUAAUUUAAAUAUAUUAAUAUUUAUAAAUUUGUUAAAAAUUGAAAAUAAAAGCCAGGCUCAUUUUUUUUUUUAAUUUGUCAUUUAAAAUAGAUUUUUUGUUUUAAGUUUAAUUAAUUAAAAUAUUUUUUUCACCUUAUUUAUCCAUAUAAAUUACUAUUUCUAUGAUAUCAUCAAAUUUUUCUCGCAGGAAGGAAUAAAGGAUAAGGUUCCUGAAGAUGUGAGACUGACAAUGCUCAGAGACAACAGAUAUUAUUUGGCAUGUGCUUAUGUAGACAACACAGAAUAUGAUAAAGCACAGCCCCUACAUGAAUCUGUCAUGAUAGAAUGUCGCAAGUACAUGUCAUAAAUACAAUGCUAUCUAACAGCUUCUUAACUUUAUUUAUACUCUGUUAAUAAUUACUAACAAGUAAAUUAAGAAAUAACUUGCUAUUUUCCAUUAUGUUUAAUCUAAAGGCAGGCUUGUUAUAAUCUGCUAUUUCUUGUUUUAUUGUUCAGUUUAUUACAAAACGCUUUUGAUAAAAGGACAAAACUAACUUUAGCCAAAGCUUGUAAUGGACUUGGAGUUCUCCACAUAAGACAAAAACAUUACCAAGAGGUAAAUUCAGUUGUAAUUAUUGUAAAUUACAAACUCAUUCUAGAUGUGAUACCCUCUAAUAAUGUUUGAAUUAUAUUGUGCUUGUUGAUAGAUGGCAGAUCUAGGAAUCUGUUUGAGGGUGGAAAGUAAGAGAGUGGAGCCAAGGCAGCUUUUAAAUAAUUAUUAUUGCUUCCAUCUUAAAUAAUUUAACAACUGCAAGCUUAAUAACUGUUAAAAAUUAUAUUAAAAAUCAACUUUUGCAAGCUAGUUUAUUAUUUCAUGCUCGUAACACUUAAAUAUGAAUACAAUAGGUUUAAAGCAUUACAUUAUAUUAACAGAAACAGUUUUAAACUAAUAAUGAAAAAAUAUUUGUAAUUCAGAAUAUUUGACUCUAGAUAAAAUAAGAUUCUUUAUUGAUCCAAAUAAAUGGAAAUGGUUUUUGAUUACAUUGUACAUGUCCAUUUUCAGCACAUAAAUAAAUAUAUAUUUUUAAUGAAGACAACAUUUAAACAAUUUAAACACAAGACAUCUAAAUUAUUUCUCUACCAUAGAAAAUGGACAUAAAUGAACUCCCUUAGUGACAAUAAUGACUUAAAUAGUUAUCAUUUAGAUUUGUUAACCACUGGGAGAGCAAGCUGGUAAAUUCGUACAGACUGGGGAACUAAAUUUUUAAAAUAUAUUUCGGUCCUAACUUUAAGAGAAAGAAUUCACCCUGAUUGAGAUGAUCUUAGGUAUCUGUCAUGAAGUGGGUGGGAUGUAUCGUCCAAAUGUUUUAGUUUUACAACAGCAUUUUUUUUUCAAAUAGUUCUUCAAGAGAAGGAAAUUUAGUUUGUGUGAUAUUACUAGCUUUCUUGAUUAGUCUAUUUAGUCAAGGAAAGCUGGGUUAGGAAUGUAUAAAUGUAUCAUACCAAAGGUACAAUGUAUUUUACGUGGCAUUAAAGCAAUAAGAUAAGAAUCACUGGUGUAGAUUAUUGGAAUUUUUUUUUUCUUAUAUAUAUUAUUGACCAAUUUUUUUCAUUCCUUUUUAUUCUCCAAAAUUUAAGGCAGAGCCUUUGUUUCAAGAGUCUAUUGAGCUCCACAAGGAACUUGGCAAUGACCUGAGUGUAGCUGAAGCAAUUCAAAACUUGGGAGUCAUUAAACUGGAUAAUGGAGAACCUGAAACUGCAUUACAUUAUUUCAAUAAGGCCAUGGAGGUUUGCUUAAAAAGAUACAUUAUUUCAAUAAGGCCAUGGAGGUUUGCUUGAGAAAAAACAUUAUUUCAAUAAGGCCAUGGAGGUUUGCUUAAAAAGAAACAUUUCAGCUUUUUGAACAAAAAAUGUUGGUUAAAAUUAAACUUGAAUUAGAAAUUUACCUACCCAGCAUGAGAAAAUUUAUUAAUUUUUUAUUUUAACUGACACUGAAAUUAGACAACAUACAUAAAGAAUGAAAAAACUGAUUCUUUAAAAUGUUAUUGGAGCAUAAAUUGUAUUUAAUUUUCAGACCUUUGAGGCUAUUUACUUUGGUCAUUUGCCUGUGCAAGUGGGAAAUCUACUGACCAACAUGGGAUUGUGUUAUAGACGAAUGAAUGAUAUAGACAAAGCCGAAAACAUGUAUCAGAGGUAAAUUGGUGUUAUAAAAGAAAACUUAUUUUAAAAGCAGGAAAUUGCAUUUAAUUGUUAGUGGGCAUCUGUCACAUUGUGAAGAUGGUGUAGACUUUCCGGGAUGAAAUCGCAAGGCCUGGGAAUUUUCUUUAGGCGGAUGAGCUGGUUUCCUGCAAAGCAAAUCACCUCUCUCCAGGCAUCUGGGGAACCCAAGGGAAUAUUGUAUGUGAAUGAUAUAUCUUAGCAUCAGUAACAUAGCAGGAGUUGCCAGAGAUUUCAUUGACCCUCUUGAGAUAGCUGGCCCGAUCUGUCUGCCCAGAUUCAAAUGAUGAUAAAGAUGAAAGUCGAUCCAUUCGCCUCAAUAAGAAAAGCCUAGUGAUUGGCUGGCUGGUCUUUGUACCAGCCAAUCAGAUUGAUUAUCGCAUUUCUUGCAUAUCUCACUAUUUCGUUCAUUGGUAGUGACCCCUGUAAAUGGCUGUAAAAAUACUCCAAAUGGCAUAAUCACACCCCCACCCCCCCCCACCCCCCCCCCCCCUUUUGCAGUUUUUCACUUUGAAUCUCAUUCAAGUAUUUCUCAGGAAUAGUUUAGGCUUCUACAAUCAGAACAUUUAACAAAAUGCUGCAAAUAAGACAUGUUUAUACUAAGUGUAAAAAAAAAAAUUGCAAGCAUAGAUUAUGCAAAUCAGGAUAUUACAUUUGCAUAAUGUUGAGAAUUCAUAAAAAUUGUAUUAGUAAAUUUAAUUCUGUGUUUUAUUCAGUUUUAUGUUUGUAAAUUAGUUUAUUUUUAAACAAAACUUUUUUGCAAAGUAAGUUCAGGUGUUGUGAAAAGGGCUCCAUCUCAAGAGGUUUAAGUUAAUGUCAUACUGACUUAGGGACUCCAACCAUGGGUGUGAAUUUAGAGUUUUACUUCUCUUAGAUGAGUUGCCAUCCAAGGUAAAUGAGCCUCAUCCAUCCUGGUAGUUACUAUAUUUUUGCUUGUCUGGGCUUUUACAGGGAUUGAAUUCCAGUCCACAAGUUUGGAAUUGACAUUGUAAUAUAUAUAAAUAUAUUGGAAGACAAAAGGAGAGAUAAAAAGAAGCUUUUUUCUUUUUAAAAGCCGUUAUAUUAACUUUGCUUGUGUUCCUGGCUGGCAAAAUCUUCAAACGGCUAAUUCACCCACUUUCCGUCAAUUUAUUGAACUGAAACUUGGCACAUAGACUUGUUGCUGAUGACAACACAUUCUAUCAAAUUUUAAGCCCCACGUCCCUCAACCCACAAAAAUCAGUUUUUUCAAAAGUGCGUUUGGUGUGUAAUAUUUUCUUUCGUUUUUCUGAAAUAGUUGGUAAAUAAAUCUGCAGUGUAAAAGAAAGUGGGUCAUUAGAAUAUUAAUUAGUUAAGAUGUGUGAAAAACAUUUGCAGUUGUGAGGGGUUGGGGGAUGCACUAAUUGGGAUUCUUAUAAAGUGCGCUAUUUUUAUGCAUGUUUUGUCAAAUUUUCAGCUUUUUUUUUAUUUUUUUUCAAAUUUUUCCCCCCCCCCCCCCCCCCCCCCCGCUCGACAUUAUAUAAAGGAUUUAUACGAAAACUUUUUCUUUUCAGGGGUUGUUUAAUAGUUAAUUAUUGAAUGUCAUUAUCUUUAAACUUUAUUACAGGUCUUUAACAGUCAAAGCCAAAGCUGUUGGCUUGAAUCAUGAGGUCAUUGCAACAUGCUAUACUAAUCUUGGCUCCCUUGAAUUCUAUCGCAAAAAUUAUCCAAAAGCAGAAGAGUAUACAAGAAAAGCUAUCGAGAUAUUAGAGGUAAUCUAUUGAAAGUUUUUAUAGUUUCAAUUUUUUUUAAUGUGUACAUACUUUCUUAUGUUAAACACUAACCCAUUACUUUUCACUCUUUACAUACAUUUUUUAGUGUAAAGAUUAUUUUAAAAAUGAGAAUUUUACAUUAUUUUCCAAUUCAAAUAUAUAUUUCUACAAUGUUAAAUGAAUAUUAAAUGAAGAAUACUUUCCAUAGAAUCUUCAGUUUGGAAACUUAACCUGAGGUAAAUAUCAGGUAUACAGAUGGCUUGCAUACAGGACUGAUGGUUAACUUCUCUUGAUCAAAUCUUCAAGACGAUAGUCCUAUUGGUUUAAUAUUUUGUAAAGGAAAAAUUGUUUCUUGCAUUAGGCAGCAACGAAUUGAAUGCUUGUCAUAAAAAUAGUUAGACACAAACAUAUAUAUAAAAGUUAUAUCUAUAUAUAUAUAUAUUUGAGAUUAACUAUUUUAGAUCUUUUAUACAGUGCAAUUUAUGCUAUUCAAAUCAGACACUGUAUUAGAAAGAAAAAAAUCGCAUACAAAAAUCAACAAAUUGUUCACAUUGUAUUUUUCAUAGCUGAAUGAAGUCAAGCCUGAACAAAAUGAAAUGUGGCAAGCCAAAGAAAAUCUGGUUUUGAAUCUCAUAUGUCAGAACAAAUGGGAUGAAGCUCUGCCCAUCUUUCAGGAUGUUUGUAAGUUGUAUUUUUUCAUCUUGGAGCUGAGAUUAGAAAGUUUUAUAUUAUUUCAUCUUGGGGCAGACAGAAGGUUUUAUAGUAAUCCAUCUUGGGGCUGAGAUUAGAAAGUUUUAUAUUAUUUCAUCUUGGGGCAGACAGAAGGUUUUAUAGUAAUCCAUCUUGGGGCUGAGAUUAGAAAGUUUUAUAUUAUUUCAUCUUGGGGCAGACAGAAGGUUUUAUAGUAAUCCAUCUUGGGGCUGAGAUUAGAAGGUUUUAAAUUAAUUCAUCUUUUGUUAGAAAAAAUAAAUAAAUUAUAAAGCUGUUUUGAUUCAUGAGCAGGUUGGAUGUACAAUUAUUAAAUACAAUAUAUAUAAUAUAAUAGUAAUUUCUAAUAGUAAUUUAGAUGCAUAAAAGAACUAAAAGGUUAUAUACAUUCAAAAAACAACUCUGGAUCUAUGAUAUCAACAAUUUACAAUUAAGUUAACUCGUUUGAGCAUUUAAACAGUCAUUUAAAUACAUUUUUAUAAACAGUCGCUGUGCUUCAAAAAGAAAAACUUGUGGAUCAAGGAGCUGCAUCAGUCCACAGAGAGAUAAUUCGCUACAUGAUCCAUAAAGGAAUGUUUGAAGAAGCAGCCAAUAUUUCACGGUGUCAUAUUUACUCUGCUAAAUUACGGCAGCCCAACACUUACAUUUGGCUUGACCUCUGUGUUAAAGAGUUGGAAGCGUUAAGUGGAAUAUCAUCUACGAGGCCUCAAGAAGAAACUGUUGCUUAUGCCUUGGACAAAUUGUAAGUUUAAAUCUCAUUUUGAGGACAUAGUGCAUAUGAUAUGUAAAAAAUGUCAAAUUUUGACACCCUUCUGUUGCAAGCAUACUUUUUUGUAGCCCCCCUAACCCUGCUUAUAAACACUUGAUUGACCCCCACUACUCCCACUACACAUGCAUAGUAAAAUCUCCCCUCCUCAACAUAUGAGCUAGAUCAGUGCUUAUUAGACUGGGGCACUGUUAAGGGGUUACUUAUUUGAAAAGUUGAGCUGCUUGCGAUGGUUGCCAUGUCACGUGAAGGAGUUUAAUUUCGUUCCUGUGAGAGUUGGUCCAGUCACUAAAUGUUAAGAAAGACUAGUUAGGUGUUGUAGUUUGGGCACACUGUUUUCUCGGAAUCUAGCUGUGCGUCAAAAGUUUAGGCUGUGUUCUCAGAAAUCUUUCACAUAUUGUGAAGUGUCAACAAUCUGAGGUGUUUUAGUUACUAUCUUAUCUCUCAGAUCUUCAAUGGUAAUAAAGGGGAGAGACUGCAGUCAGGUUAGCAAAAAAGGAAAUGAAUAAAACAAAGUAUGGGAAAAUCUGAAAAAAUGAACACAACAAAACAAUGAACAUGUCGGCAGGAAGCCUUCAUCAGCAAACAAACAACAGGAAAUACAGAAUUAAAUAAAAAUAGCACUUAGCUAAAAAGUAGCAUCUGAGAGGGCAGCAAAAGAAUUGUGACUGAACAAAGUUAGGGGAGAGAUUUAAUACAGGCAAAAAGGGAAAGAAAAGAGGAGAAGUAAGUCCACUGCAAUUGGUCCUGAUGCAAAGGGGCUGAGCGAAGGACCAACAUGUGAAUGAAAACAUGACAUUCAUUUUAUGUGGUUUCAAGGUUCCAUAAAUCUUGAUAAGCUUGUUUUCCAACUUCACCCGGCUGGGUGUAUUUGCACUGGUCAAGAUCACACUAAUUGUAAAAUCUGCUGUUACCUCGUGGUCACUUCUAUUGAAGUAUUUAGAGAUGGGACACUGUUUAUCUUACGUAAUAUUACAGAGAUGUACAGUACAUCUGCCAGAGAAUCAACUCCCUGUCUCCCCUAUAUACAACAUCUGGAAGCAGAUGCAAACAAUAGCAUUGACAACAUUGCAGCAAGUACAAAGGAAACCAUCCCUUAUCUCAAAAUUUUCCUUAGGGAAGGAAUGCGUUGAGUCUGGAUGAUGUAAGGGCAAGUGUUUCAAUGGCUGCGUCUUCACGGCCUGGCCUCAAAGUUUUAGGGGGCAGCGUUGAUGGGACUUCAUAAAAGGAAAUCUUGCAGACUUGUAUCACGUCUGAAAACUAUGAGAGGCGGGGAAGAGAAUAUGUUGUGGGUGUAAUGGUCAGUGAGGAGGAUGGCACAGUUUCUAAGGCAAAUGUGUUUAGCUAUAAGAUUGUGAGGAUGGUAUGUGAGAAUAAGUUUAAUCCUGUCCCCAUUGUCACUCGGAGGAGACCUGAAGGCAUCAGCAUGGCUAAUAUUUUUAACCCUUUAAAGGGCUAAUGAAAACACUGUCUCCGGGUAGGACCUACAUCAGAAAUAUUCGAUCAUCUCAAGUGCCUUGUCCCAAAAGUUAUCCUUCGACUGGCAAAGUGGAUUGGGACAAAGUGUUUGAGAAAAGGGAUUGGAGUCUUUACAGUAUUUUGGGUGGGAAGACGAGUAGAGUGAAUAGUGUGGCUGUCAGUAGGUUUAAAGUAGGUGGAGGUGAGUAGGCUGUAUUUGUGAAGGGUGACCAUAAUGUCCAAAAAUUUAACUGAGGUCUCAGAGACGAGAUAUGUGAAUUUAAUGGAUGGGUGAAAAGGCCUGAGUUACAAAAAUUAAAAAUACAUCAAAAGGUGAAUUAUUUAAUGAUUAAUAAUUAAAUCUAAAAUCAUUUUGUGUAAAGAAAAAUGAAUUAAUAAAAUUAUGAAAUUAAUAAAUGGGUAAACAUACUUUUCUCAUCAAUAAUGCAACAAUUUUUUUGAAAGACACUAAAAGCAACUUUCUCAUAUCACGAAGUCAAGAUAUUAAUAAGGUUUCAUAUGAAUGUUUCUGUCUUUUUGACAGGUGGCCAGGAAACAAUGAGUUGACCGCUUACAUUGUACAGAAUUAUGUGAUACCUACAAAAGACUUUGACAGCCUUGUAACCAUGGUGAUGAAAAUGGAUGAGAUGAACCCUGAAUUUAAUUGGACAUCCUAUAAAGUUGGAGCUGAAUGGUGCACAAAGUCAGACAACCUGGACGUUGCUGAGCUGGUAUUGAAGACAGGACUAGAGAAAUACCCAGAUUCAAUUGUAUGUUUUGGAAGUAGUUAAUGGCUUUGUAAGACAAAUAUUACAGCACAUUAAACCAAAAUAAUUUUCUUUUUGAACUUUGUGAAAAAAUCAAUUAUAGUAAAAGGGAACAGAUAGAGUGAGUGAUAGGGCCUAUAUUAAGUAUUGCUGAGAAAACUGAUGUGAACUACUUUCUGUUUUAUUAAGAGAUGCUUUUAUUUUAUUUACCGUACAUUAUCGCAUAAGCUAACCUUUUGUUGGAAACAGAGCCCUUAAAACUUAAAUGCCAUGUCGACGUAUAAUGCGAUCUGUUACCAUAAUCUGGAUCCAUUACAUUUUGAUAAUGCAAUACGAAUUAACUAAAGAAAUAUUUAUUUUAAAAUAUCAAAAUCUAUAAAUUAUGAUAUUUUUAUACCAAUACAACUUUGCAAAUAUCCCAUCACAUGGGUGCUAUUUAAAUUACUUUCUUUUAGCAAAAUAUACAUCAGCUUGUGCAGUUGUUUAUUGUGAACCCAUAUUUUUAACUAACAUAUUUUACCAUAAAUUUCCCUCAUUAUAUGCAGUAAUAUAGGGUAGUUAAAUUCUUAACUACUUUCAGUAAAACAAUAACAUUUUUAAAACUAUAUUAAGAAAAUAACCUUCGAGUAAGCUCUGAAAUUUGUAAUUACUCUCAAUAUGUUCUUUCUUUGUUGAACUUUACUUUCUGACAAAUAAAGUGAUUAAAAAAAUUACAAUUAUUUAGGAGCUAAAGACCAAACUUUUUGACUGCUAUCGAGUGUCAAAGCAAUAUCAGGAAGCGUAUCCAUAUUUAAAAGAAGUCAUAGCCAAUGAGCCUGAAAAUCAGGCGCUUUUAUUGGUUGCUGGUGACGUGGCAUGCAAGUCUGGUGACGUUGACCUGUGUCUCAAACUGUGGGAAGAGGUUGCAAAAAUGCCAGAUGAGAAUUUGGCUAAAAUGGUAAGUGAUUGAUUUUUAGGAUUAUGUGUUGUCAAAACAUCUUUAUAACCCAUUAUGAACUGAAAAUAUUAAUAAUAAUUUACAUUUUAAUUAAUUUAGAUACCCGGAAUUUGUUUACAGGUAAACCCAAUGUAAUUUACAAACAUUUUAUUUUUUUAAUGAUGUUUGCAAACUUAUAUAUUUGAAUACCUAAAAUAUUAUUUUUGUAAAACCUUGAUGAAAGAAAACAUUAACAAUAAAUAAGACAAAAGUUGAAAUAUAUUCAAAUAGACAAUUCAUAUCAUGUUAUUAACUAACAAAAGAUAACAAGACUACCCAUUUUUAAUGUUGAGAUUUAUUUACUGUUUGUUGACUUAGGCUCUUGAUGGCAUAAAAUGUUUGACUGAGGCCUUAGAUAACUACAGGAAAGAAGGAGAGGAGACAGAAGACACAGAGCAAGGAACGCAGAGCUCAGAAAAAGAAAAUGGUUGAAAAAUUCUGGCUGAAAGUAGAUUGCUUCAUCGCACUGCUAUUACAUAGAUAAUUUUUUUUUUCUUUGCAAAGCCAGUUAUUUAUCAUUUAAUCAUGUCAUUAAGAAACAUUUAUUACAAAUUGUUCAGCAGGAGUCAAGCUGGUGUUGUGUAAAUGCAAUAUUUAGCUUUGACAAUUAUUAAAAUGUUUUUAUUUAAGUCUUAUAUGUACAGUUGUGCAGAUACUCUACUAGUAAUAUUUAUUUAUGUAUUCAUAUUUCUUUAUUUAUUUGUGAUAUUUGAGUCUGAAAGGGGCUAUGGUAUUCAAUCUUAUCUGUACAUAGUUUUAAAAGUCUCAGCCAUUAUAAUACAGUUAUGCACUACUAAUAUUUAAAUGUCAUCAGUGUUAAUUUUUUCCACCUAAAAAUCUUUUUAAAAAAAGUAAAGCACAUGUUCAGACUCACAGGCUAAACAUUUUAUUCCUGCCAUGACAAACAGUUCUCUCUGACACUGACAUUCGUUGCUAUCAAAAAUGUGUGCUAUAUUUCUGAUAGCAAAGUUAUGAUACUGUAGUGCAUUUUACACAUUUACCCUUGCAAGCUAUUCAGGGCAAUCCUUCUGAUGGACUUAAUGAUCAAUCUAUUUCACAUCAGAGGUGAGACAAAUAUAAUAUAAUCACUAGGAUCAGAUUUUUAAUAUCAAGAUUUUUAAAAAAUGAAGCCUAUGAUUUUAAAAUAUUAAAUCAAUUUUGUUUUCUUUAAUCAGUACUUUACUUAAAAUGAGUUAACAUCAGACCAUUUGAUUUUAUCUGAAUAUACUUGUUUAAAAAAACAUACUUUGGAUCAGUGUCACAUCCCAAACUUUUUACUUGCUGCUAUCUUUUUCAAGAGUGGGGUUUUCCCCUCGUACUUAAGAGCCACCAAUCCAGUAAUUUUUUGUAUAUGCAUUUUUUUAAAUGCAUGCCUUUUGGUAAAGAAUGAAGUUUUUUAUUUUUUCUACAUUAGAUAAAUCACGAAAGAUCUUACACAACUUACUUAUUAGUGAAUUCAUGAAAGAUCUUAACACAACUUACUGAGUUCAUGAAAGAUCUUACACAACUUACUUAUUAGUGAAUUCAUGAAAGAUCUUAACACAACUGUACUUAUAGUUUUGUUGGACAGCAAGGAUGAUCUUAGGAAUUUUUCUUUAAUUAAUGUAAAUUCUCGGUAAUUGGGAGAUAUUUUUGAGAAUUGAGAGAGAGACGAGACUUAGAAUGAGAGAAGAGAAAAAGCAAGGUGCAUCCACGUUUGUUAAAAGUGAAAGAUUGUGAAUGAAGUAUUGCUUACUUAAGAAAAUGAUUCUUGUAUUUUGAAGGAGCCACCAUUGGAUAUUAUAUGUUUAUUUACUGCGAGUAGGAC